AUGCCUACUACUUCGCGCCACAAACACAGAAUCUACUUUGCCUACGGUAUCAAUAUGCACUUGAAGCAGAUGGCCAAGCGAUGCCCCAACACGCGGUAUCUCGGUGUUGCAAAGCUCUCCGGGUACAGAUGGCAAAUCAACGAGAGGGGCUAUGCGAAUGUCAUCGAGGCGUCGGCGGAGUCUCGAGCGAGUCCAACUACAGUUCAGGGCCUCUGCUAUCUCAUCGGCGCCGAGGAUGAACUGAAACUUGAUCGUGUCGAGGGCGUCCCGACGGCAUAUCAGAAGAGAGUGCUUAGGGUGGAGCUAGUUCUCGCGAAGUCAAGUCUGGUUGGCAGAGAUGUGAGUGAGAUUGCGAGUUUCUCUGGUGAAGAACUGAAGGCUGGAUCUGGACGUGGUGAAGCCGAAGUGGUUGAAGCACUCGCAUAUGUGAGCAAGGAUUAUAUCAAGGAUGGUCCCCCAAAAGGCGAGUAUGUUGCUAGAAUGCGAUUGGGACUGAGGGAUGCGCUUGAGCUGGGGAUGUCGAAAGAGUAUGCCCGGGUUAUAGAGAGAGUGGUUGCUGUGGGUAUGCGUGGUGCAGGUGCAGGCGGUAUGGGCAGACCUCCAGCUACAUCUCCACGACCACGACCACAACCAAGUAGAACAGCUGCUCCUCGAGCGAGUCCUCCUACGUCCCCGGCGUCAGCCAGCUAUUACUAUUUCGCCUUCGGCAGCAAUAUGCAACUCGCACAGAUGGCGGACCGGUGUCCCGGCAGCAAGGUCUUCGCAAAGGGCAUUCUCCCAGGGUAUAGAUGGCAUAUCAACGAGAGAGGGGUCGCCAAUAUCGUGGCCACGGCGACCCAGGAUGGCAACGAUAAUGCUGUCCAGGGUAUCCUUUUCACAGUCACUCCAAAAGACGUCAAGACGCUUGACAAAAAGGAAGGGAUUGCAAAGGGUUACUACGAGAAGAUCGUGCUUCGUGUGAAGGUGGAGCCGUUAGCCAUCUCCGGACUGAAAGGUGUAAAGACUGUUGUCGCGGCCGGGAAGCUGGCCUCAAACUCGCAGGCUGAGGCUCGAGAACCACGGAAGCACAGACACGGACAGGAUCAGCAUGGCCAGCGUGCAGAAGUGGCAGGUGUGAGAGAGGUCGAAGCCUUAGUGUAUCUCAGCAGCCAGUACAAGAAGGACGGCCGCGUCCGUGCCGAGUAUGUCGGGCGAAUGCAGCUGGCUAUGGCGGAUGCGCUGAAGCUCGGUGUCGAUGAGGCCUAUCUGCGAGCUUCGCUUCAUUCAUGCAUACUUGGUGUAGACGAAGCAGCAGUCUCAGCCCAUGGUAAGCGGGAUUUCAUUGUCAGGCAGCCGGCUGGCGAUGCAAGUGGUGCAGCGCAGACGAGUGGAAGCCCUAAGGACCGCCGCAUCAUCGAAAGAGUGCCAGCUGGAACGGGAUAUCAGGCUGCUGCUUGAAGCAUGGAGUGCAGUGCUUAGAGCCUCGAUAUAUUGAGAUCCAUGUUAGUCAUUCAGUGAGAUUUUAGCGUAAUCAUGUAAUAUUUACCGUCAACUUCGAUAUGUACAACUUUCACAAGC